GUCAUCGACACGUAUCACGAAGUGCAGCGUGCCUUCGCGCCAAAGAUAAAGGACGCGCCGCCUCCGCAACAUAACAAGAAAGAGUACGGCCAGAAAGGAGGCGUGAACGCAUCGGAGAUGAUGGCGGAGCUGGUAAGUAAAAGCAAGUAUCAAGCGGAGGUGGCGGCCGACACCGUAAAGUACAGAGAGGUCGUGACGGACCUCAUAAAACGUGUAACAGCCUUCAAGGCAGAGAACAUGGACGAGCUGCGGAGGUUCCUGAACGAGGCCGACGAGCACCUGGACAGGCUGACCGACGAGUCAGCCGUCCUAAAGAGCUUCCCGUGGCCGGCCACAAGGUUCGACGCCUUCCGCGAGGGCGUCGGGCUGGACGACGAGCUGGAGGCCAUGAAGCGCAAGAUGCGCGAGUGGCCGCCACUGGGCAAAUUGCGGCAGCAGGGCUUGAAGAAGAUAAUAGAUUACGCG